GGAAACAAAAGCAUGGGACGUGUGGUUAUAUUUUCAUGCAACAUUCAGGAGACAAAAACAGUUUCAAUUUGUCAACAAGUGUUUUACGAACGACAUGAGGAAGGAGAUAUUUGUAUUGGAAGAUAAUAUGUGUUUUUACUGAGCAGUCUAAAAAAGGUUAAUUCUACGUAUUCUCGGAAUCAGUGCAUUACACUGUCAAAUGAAAUAAACUGAAGGUAUUGCAAGGUUAUUAACGUUCGAAAUUACGUGCAACACAAAAUGGAUAACCCGAAACAAAUGUUGCAACGACAAAAUUGUAUUUCUAACGGUAAGGAGGACGAUGACGUGAGCGUGAUUGCUAUAAUAGAAAAAGAAGACGAUCGUUCAUCGCGACAGCAAUCCGAAAGACCCAGUGAGAAACAAGAACGACCGGAGGAAACUGUCGCGGAGGAAUAUAGGAACUUGGAACUUUUACCGAAACUGCCUCUCGGUAGGUUUAAUAUCAAGCAGGAUAAAAAGUAUAAAGACGACAGUGAUUACGUGCGUGAUUCCACGGAAACGAGCAGUGGCGGUUCAUCUUCCGGUAGUGGCGUUGCUAAAGUGAGGAGAGUUCGAACCGUAAGGAAAACCCGCAGCGCAGCAGAAGUAAGAAGAAAUCCAGUACGCGCGAAGAAGAAGGACCCCGACAAAAAUUUCCCGCGAUUAAGACAGCGGUUACUUUCCGCGAAAAGGAAAGAGAUGCUUUUCGACCCAGAGCCCAGUAAACGAGGCAAAUCUUCCACAAAGCCGUACAUGAACACGAGGUCCGUCACGAGAAAAAUGUACAACGUAGGAGCGACUUAUCAGGCGCCCACCAUGAAGGAUGCUCUGGAAUGGAAGGAAUGGCCUGUGCAUGGAAUGCACGAGAGACCAGUCUUCCAUCCACAGCUUGGUCUGGCUGCUGAAUAUUUGGGACGGUAUUUUACGAGCUUCGACGGACUUUCCUAUUGCGAAAUCAUAGAUCGGCCGGAAGUGGAGGUAGUGUCUGUCGAUCCCCUACGCGAUUCUCUUCCUUCGUUCUACGAGAAAAGAAGAGGCAAAAUUAAGACCAAAAGCUCCACGAAUGUUAAACCAAAGAAUUCUUCAGAAAAGAAAAAAUCGUUUGAAAAUUGUAUGCACGAAAGUUUUCAUUGUGUUCUCGGUUACUGCUCGCAGGUAAUGACUCCUACUUAUAAGAACACCGUGGAGGAAAAGCUGGAUAUGCUGAAUGAAAACAAAACGUGUACUAUCGUCAAAGAAACACAGCAGCCUGUAAACGCUGUUGAAAACAGUCCUAUAAGCAAGUCACCAAAUAAUUCUAAAGAGAAUAUACAGAAAUCUCAAGAAAGUAAAGCUGCGGAUAGUUACACAGCAGUUGUGAUACCACAGAACGUUAAGAACUUCAAUCAGAUUCCAAAAACGCAAUUGUUUCCAGCGCACAAAGUCUACCUUGCAAAUACACAAAAGUCUAUCGCCUUCAGUAACGUGAGAACGCUUCAGGGAGGACAAAUGAAGAUUCAAGAGGUUAUACGACCUAGCAAGAAUCCUUUCAUAUUAGUUAAUACAGAUACCAAGGAUACGCGGUUUCUAAAAUCUACAUCAAGCAACGUGAACGUAAAACCAGCGGAUACACCGGUUCUUGAAGAAAAUUUAGGCGAGUUAUCAUCGAUAUACAAACACUUCGACCUCAGCGAACAGAUGUCCUCGAAGAAGACUCCACCGAAACGCGAGAAGAAGGUAGAAUUCGCCAUGACCAGAUACUUGCUGAACACCGCAAAGCAAACCAAGAUUCAGAUACCAAAUGUUGGCGAAGGGAAUUUGUAUUGCGAGGUGCCUAAAAAGGGUCAAGGACAAGGUGUGAACAAGACUUGUUACACCAACGAAGCUUCAGAGAUUGCAAAGAUCCUCUCUGAGUACAACAAGAACACUGCUAAAAAGUCAACCCCAGAGAACACCCCUUUCUGUUCUGUGAAGAAUAUCAGAGUCAAUGAACUUUGCAACAAAGACGAGAACACGAACCAAAACUCCCCGGAAAGAAAUAGAAAUAUUUCGUUUCCCCAGGGAAAGUGGAGGCGGUUCCACUUGACUAUGGGAAAGCCAAAGGACUUGAAAAGUAAUACGACUGAUCAAAGAUUUUUAUCGGGUAUUCAAAACAGACAGUCGCUCUUCAGAAUCAAUCCGACAGGCUUGGAUUCCACGCCUGGGAGAAUGAUCGAAGUGUCGAAGCACGUGGAGACGCUUCAGCGAAACCAGACUACAACGAAUGCUGAGAAGAAAGAGAGCACGUCUACGGUGAAUGACGAUGCUGAUUCGACGGGGACCAAGGCACAGUACCUGCAGGACUUGCUUGAAGACACAGCCAUGUUGUACUGUGCAGCCACUGGCACACAUCAGGACGAUCUAGCUACUUAUAUUGACACUUUGGAUGCUGUGCAGAGUGUGCAAUGGUUGGACACUUGCAAGAAUCCGAGUAGAUAA